AUGGAUCUAUUUAAUUAUAAUUUAUCUAACUAUUCCUUUCCACACAUUGGUCUCCGUUCACCGAAUUUAACGAACACAACAGUAAGUUUGCAAGAUAACUUCGAAAUAGAUUUGGAAGAUACGAAUUGGAUUUUGACGUCGGCAUUUAUUAUAUUUACUAUGCAAACUGGUUUUGGAAUGUUGGAGUCAGGCUGCGUCUCCAUAAAGAACGAAGCCAACAUCAUGAUGAAGAACCUAGCUGAUAUUUCUCUUGGAGGUCUAACGUACUGGAUCUUCGGCUACGGCCUGUCAUUCGGUCAAGGGGUACUAUCCAACCCAUUCAUUGGAGUCGGAGACUUUCUCGUGGAUCCUCCAGUCGGUGACCCGCUGAUGGGGCCAGUCUUCGCAUCUUUCCUCUUUCAAUUGUCAUUCGCAACCACUGCUACUACUAUUGUUAGUGGGGCAAUGGCAGAAAGAUGCAACUUCAAAGCAUACUGCCUGUUUUCGUUUUUGAACACAAUAGUGUACUGUGUCCCAGCUGGGUGGGUUUGGGGCGAACAUGGAUUCCUUAAUAAGCUGGGAGCUGUUGAUAUAGCUGGUUCUGGACCUGUACAUCUUAUUGGUGGAUCAUCUGCCUUCGCUUCAGCCAUGAUGCUGGGUCCCCGUUUAGGCCGGUACGCGAAGGGUUACGCGCCAUUACCUUUGGGAAACCCGGUCAAUGCCGUCAUGGGAACCUUUGUGCUGUGGUGGGGAUGGCUGGCCUUCAAUUCUGGCAGUACUUAUGGGGUGAGCGGUGCGAAAUGGCAGUACGCGGCGCGGGCUGCAGUUAUGACGAUGAUGGGAUCCUUUGGCGGCGGAUUCUUUGGUUUGUUAUUCACUCUCAUCAAGAACAAGGGUCGUGCUGAAGUGCUGGACCUGAUUAACAGCAUUCUUGGAUCUUUGGUUUCUAUCACAGCUGGAUGUUUUCUAUAUCGCGCAUGGGAGGCACUGCUGAUAGGAAUGAUUGGGGCUCUAAUCGCCUCCUUAAGCGCCACUCUCUUUGACAGACUCCAUGUGGAUGAUCCAGUCGGGGCUUCUGCGGUACAUGGAGCGUGUGGCUUUUGGGGAGUAAUCGCUGUGGGUCUAUUUGCUGAUAACCCGAUACCAAUGGAAACUACUAAUGGAAGAUCUGGAUUGUUUAAAGGUGGCGGUUGGUAUCUCCUCGGAGUGCAAACUUUGACAGCUUUAUGCCUGAUGAUCUGGGCUGGUCUGGUCACUAUGGUACUAUUGUGGCUCAUAGACAAAGUCCUGCCGAUCAGGAUGGACCCGUAUGAAGAGUUAUUAGGCGCUGAUUUGACUGAACAUAGAAUACGUCAUGGUCAGGUCGGUGUUUCAAGAGCUGUAUCAGCAUUACGACCCUUCCACAAGUCCAACAGUAUUGAAGAAGUUAGCGGAAUUGGAGUUAAUACUGGUCACACUAUGAUCAUAGACAAACUUAGUGAGCUAAAGAAGAGACGAAGCAAAAACAACUUAAAACUAUUUACAAACCACGCUUUCGAAGUUGAACCGGGCGAAAAUACAAUAGAAACCGUUUUCAAAAACGGUUUUUUAAAUAAACGACCUGGAAAUCCUGAAAAUGAUUUACAUCGCGCUAUAGACUCUAUGGAAAGUGAGUUAAAUGGCGGGAGACCUGUCAAUGUUAUUAGUAAUACAGCUGCCAAAAACAUUGAAGAUCUAAAAGGGAGAAGAUUCAAGGAAUUCACACCGGAAGAGUUGAGGGAAUGGGGGGAAAUUAAUGCAAAUCAGGAUAGAUUUAGACAUAGAGUAAUUGAACAGAAUUAUAUUGACGAUGUUAGUCGGAGUGGAUUAUCGUCACCGAGUUUCAAAUGGGCCGAAUAA